UGGGACUUUUCUCUUGCUGUCUACAACACCCAACCAACAUCUUGAGGCAUGCUCAGUGUCCUCCUACACAGGACUGGACCAAGAUCAAGAUCUAAUCGCCCUGCAGACAUCCGAUCUGACGUUGCCAAAUAGAGCAUGCGGAAUAGAGCAAGACCGCCAAUGACAACAGAAGAACACAAGAGCACACCCUACCUAUCGAAUAUUUAAGUUUCGCAGCCGAUGACGAAACUGGAACUCCAAGAUAAAUUUGUACCGUCAGCUGCAGCGUCGGUGAUCAACUCAAACUAAGACCAGAACAGAGCAGAACACUGCCUACGCAGAUACACAUAAAUGCGCAGUCAAAAUGUGGCCUAACAAUGGCUUUGGAAAUAAUAUGCCAUUUACGAACAACUUCAAUCAAGAGGACUUUACACCACCAUCGCCCUUUGGAAAUGGCCCAGGAACCCCUCUUCCAGGGCAGAAUAUGUUCCCACACCCAACGAUGAUUCCAUUUGAGGAUCCCAACAGCGAAGGAUUCAUGAGCGACUUCCGUCCUGAGGUGGGUCUCUUCAACAAAAGCGCAUUCAUUCAGAACCAGGGGCAAUUCAUGAGUCCACAAGUAUGUCCUGUACUACUGGCCAUCAACAGACAUAACCAGCUUAGGUCCGCCAUGUCAGACAUUUUGCUAACUUCUCCUGGCCUUCCAGUUUCCGGUCCCUCAAUUUAAUCUCCAUCAACCCUCUACAAAUACAAAUAUGAAUGGCGUACGGCCUGCUACACAAAUCAAUGCAAGAGCCGCUGAAUUGAAAGCACAACUGCUAAAAGGCAGAGAGGCUCGAUCUGCUUCAUUCACCCCGCCUGUACCCACGGCAAAAUUAGGCAAUGCGAAACCAAUAAAAGAAGCCACUAGCUCAGGAUCUCCAAAACCCCCCAUAACCGCUGCUGAAAAUCGUGAGCAGGACCUCAAUGCGCUCAUUUCAGAAUUCUCCGUACCAAGACCAGUUUUAGAGUCCGCUUCAAAGCCCCAAGUACAUUCUGAUACUAAACCAAUUGUUUCUAGUCCCGAGCAAAUUCCUAUCGCUUCCUCCGUCAAGUCGUCGCAAGCAUCUUCACUAGACAGCCCUACAAAACUUAUCCAUCCUGUCAGUGUUGACACAAAAGCGGAAGAUGAUUCUACAAUGAAACGAAAUGGCAAUGACAAUGUCACGAAUGGAGCUGCAUCUGAUAUGUCAGAAGGCGAAAUAUUAGACGAGCCUACACCCCCAACGCCGCAAGCAGUUCCAGGAGCAAAGAGGAGCCAAUCGAUACCAAGCGCCUCGAAUCGUGAUAAGCAAACAGUGCGAGUAUCUAAAGAUACACCUUCCAAGCAACCCUCGAAACGUGAUUCACGAGAUGAAUCACCACGUCGCGAACCUCCUUCCCAACCCAAAUCCCAAUCCUAUCGAAGCUACGAUGAGCGCCGCCAGGAUUCUUCUCGCCAAGAUAAAAGACAACAUGAUUCUGAUUACAAGUCUGAUAGAAAGUCACUUGAUGAGUACAAGCAUGACUCGCUUCGUCGUGGGCCAUCCCGAGAAAGAUACAAAAAGCACGAGAUGGAAAAAGAGUCAUCCCGACGUUGGUCUCGUGAUGAUGAACAUCGACAAUAUGCCUCGGAGAGGGACCGACGGUCUUCUCGUGACGUAGAAUCAUCUCGGAAAGUUGAAUCGAACCAUACUGGAGCAAAGGUGGAGGUACAAAAACCUUUGGUUCAAGAACAAAGACCACCUACUCUGGCAGACCUUCUCCCCCUUGAUGCCGACCUGAGAGAGUGGCUGGAGAUUACAGGUUACCACAAUACAACUUAUCGCCACAAGAUAUUAGACAGACGUCGAAAGCUGGCUAUUUUGGAUGCUCAGAGAAUCAAGCUUCUGACUGAAAUCGAGACUGACGAGAGAGGUGGUAUUCCAGCCACACCAAGCCAACAAGCCCUUUCAUCCAUGUUGCCACCGCCAGCUCCAAGCAAGACAGGAGAAAAACAAGAUGUUGACAUGAUUUCACCCUCAACUUCUGACCCUCCAAAGAGCCGAAUGAUUUCUAACAAGCGAUCUUACAGCGAUUCCGAAGAGAGUCUUGAGCGUGGCUCUGCGGUAAAAAUAGCUCGCGUUGACGACCGAGAUCAAACAGUUAAAGUCAAGCAGGAGGAAGAGGAUUCUGAGCAUCGUCGACCUAGAUCAAGCGGAUCAAGAGCAUCUCGUCGCUCAUCUUUUGAACAUCGUGAUGGACAAGAUUCGUCAAGACCUCGUUAUGAUGAUGAUCGCAACACAAGUGGCAGAGCUAGUAGCCGUGAACAUGAACGUGAGCGCGAAUUCUCGCCGGGUCGCCGAGCUUAUGAGAGCAGACCGCCUGCUCGAUCUAGAGCUUAUGAUUCCGAUGAAAGUCAUGAAAAAGAUGAUAGAACUGAGCGUUCGUUCUCUGGUCGUGGUGGAUUUGGAUAUCACGGCACCCCUCAAAAUUAUGAUCCAAAUUACCGUGGUCGAGGUCGUGGCCGUGGUCGAGGUCGGGGUUGGGGAGCGAGUUUCGAUGAGGCAAAACAUGAGCCAACAUUUGGUUCCAAAAUUGCGACAAGCAAGCCAUAUCGGGAUCCAAAAGGUUUUGAUCGAGGUGGAAAAGCUGGUUCGUGAUGCUUUUCAUGUCAACCUCCGUCGUUGUGUUCAAAGAGUUUCCAGCACCUCUGUGUGUCGUGAUUUAAACAUGGGCUCAUUUGGAAAAGAUAUCUUGUAUAGUUUUAUGUUGAAAAAUACCCUUUUAUUAUUAUUACUCUUCCGCUGUAUUUCAUGUGCUUCUUUGCCUGCCGUGACAAGUGUCUUCCCCUUUGCUUCCGCCUGAUGUUGACUUGUACAGACACACGAUACUUCAUAGUCAAGUCGUUUAAUGAGGAGAAUGUCCUGAGGGCCAUUGAAGAUGUAGGUCUCCCUCUCUCUUUUCUGAGAGAGUUUACCAAAAAGGUCUGCGCUAAAAUAAAGAGCAGUCCGUUUGGACUACCCAGGUUCAGAAUGGUGAUAUCUUCCGAGAGGCCUUCGAAACCUGCAAAAACGCCAUCCUGGUCUUCUCCAUCAAUCGCUCCCGCGCCUUUCAAGGCUACGUUCGUUUCCCCCUUUUCUUUCCCUCCCCCCCUCCUCUCUUCCUCUUCCUCCUCCCCUUUCUCCCUCACCUGCCCCCUCCCCUUUCCAUACUAACAUACUCUAACCACCUCCCCUCCCAGGCACGUAUGGAGUCUCUCCCCGGCUCGGUGGACAUCCCCGCCUGGCAAUGCUCCAUCAACUGGGAGAUCGCGGGUGCCUUUCGCAUCCGCUGGUUGGUCAUCUGCUCGACGAGGUUCCAUCGCGUGGGACAUUUGAAGAAUUCCCUGAAUGAGAAUCAGGCGGUGUUGAUUGGGAAGGAUGGCCAGGAGAUUGAGGAGGAGUGGGGGAGGGGGCUUUGUGAGGUUAUUGAUGAGGAGGUGGAGGAGGUGGAGGAGGUGAUG